GCCUCCUCGCGGGCACAGUGCACUUCCGGUUCCGGUUUUGUUACGGAAGUAGCUAUCUGAGGUAGCGUGCAGUACAGUGUGGCCUUUGUCAGCUUCCACAAUGGCGUACCGUGGCCAGGGCCAAAAAGUGCAGAAGGUGAUGGUGCAGCCCAUCAACCUCAUCUUCAGAUACUUGCAGAAUAGAUCUCGGAUUCAGGUGUGGCUUUAUGAACAAGUGAAUAUGCGGAUAGAAGGCUGUAUCAUUGGUUUUGAUGAGUAUAUGAACCUCGUAUUAGAUGAUGCAGAAGAGAUUCAUUCUAAAACAAAGUCAAGAAAACAGUUGGGUCGGAUCAUGCUAAAAGGAGAUAAUAUUACUCUGCUCCAAAGUGUCUCCAACUAGAAAUGACUGAUGAAGUGAGCAAUUGUUGAGAAGGCAAUAGAGUCUGUGUUUUGUAGGUGUACUUUGUUCAUGAACAUUUAUUCAUAUUGCUUUGAUUUCCCUUAUGUUAUUAGCAGAUAACAAUAAAUGCCGUGGAAUUGUUUUUAUUAAAAAUUUUA